AUGCCGCCUGUGUUUUACAAGCGCGGCUGGGUCGCAGACACCCCGUCGGAGGUGUUGCAGAAUGCCUUGGACCGGGCCGGCAAUUCAGCUCCUGGCGAGGCCUCGCGUGGGGUACCCGCCGAGGAGGUAGACGACGAUCUGCCCGGCUGGCGUUGCAUUGGCAACCGCUGGGUCCUUGGACUGCCGGUUCCAGAUGCUAGCGGCAUCCAGCUCGAUGCUUCCGUCCAGGCACUGCGCUUGGUCCUGGACGGCGCGUCCUUGGACUUGCCCUGGCCUCGGCCUGUCACGCAGAGCGAGGUGGACAGUUUGGAGGCAAAGUUCUCCAAGAAGACGUGCGAGCUGCCG